UAGAACCCUACCGAAGCAACAAAAACCGAGCGCAAAGAUCAAUCGGUUUUUGAGGCUUAUGAUCAAGAGCAGAGGAUAUAUUGUAAAUUGUAGUCUGAAGCGCUGUUUUCCAGUGUGUGCGUAACUGAGCUGUGGGUGUUUCCUUGACGUGCGUAAAGUUCUAAAUGAACAACCAGUCCUCAAAACUUCAUUUGUGCUUUAAAGUAGUGUUGGGUUUUCAGUGAGAGGUUAUGUUGCAUGAGUUAAUUUUGACCAAAUUGAACACUCCAUGAUUUAAUCUCAUUUGUCAAUGCCUAUUUUCAACCCUAAAACAGUUACAAAUUUCCUGACUUAUGAAAAAGAGGAAAAAGUGGGCUUUCUAUGGAAAAAGCGUUCAGAACAGAAAAUAUCUUAUAAAAAACGUUACUUUAUAUUGUGUGGUAAUAUUUUAGCGUAUUUUGAUAAGAAAUUGGAUAAGGAACCAUUGGGUAUUAUAUUUUUGGAUUGUCAUAUUGUUGAAAUGUUGGAUGAUUUGAAAAUGGCAAUACGAUUCAGAGGACCCGGCGAAUUAUCUCGCAGUUAUAUUUUAAAGGGUGAAACAGCUGAGGAUAUUGAAGAUUGGAUGCGUGCUAUCAGUAGAUGUAGUAUUGAAUUUAUUACUUUAACUCUUGAAGAUUUAGAGGAUCACUACAAAGCACUGACUACGGUAAAACAAACAAAUACAGAUCAGAAAUCGUCACCAUCUACAUUAAUUGGAAAUAGUAAUAAUAAUUCAACUGUUUCAGCUGUUAAGUCCUCAAUAUUUUCUAGACGUUCGAAUCCGUUUAAUAAAAGUAAUAGUGUUACUUGCACUAGUUACGAUAUCGAUCCUACUGGGUUCAAUAGUCAAUCACGCAAAUUGUGUCCAUCCAGUAGUUCCAAUGGUUUAUUAAAUCAAACCAUAUCGUCCUCUAUAAAUCACACUCAAUGGUUAUUAACACAGAAUUGGGAACAAUUAAAUUCUCGUUUAAAAGCUCAAUUCAUGAUAUUUGACAACAAAAAUGACACAUGAAAAAAUUAACUACCAUUAAAUUUCAUUUCUGUUUUAUAUAAUUUGUAUAGUUUUGUUAGUAGACUUUGGUUCAAUGCUCAAUGUAAAUAUAAUUUUUAUUUACUUUAAAUUAGUAUUAUUAUUAUCUACUCCAAAAUUUUGACUAACUAACGUCUUAGUAUCAGACUACUUAAUUUAAUGCUUUCAGCUACGUAACUUCAAUUCAUAAACCAUUUCUCAGUUUAAGUAUUUGUGUUGAAUAAAUGCUAGAAUUAUGUUUUUUUCCACUUUUUGUGCAUACAAAUAGUGUACCAUUGUAAAACUGAAGCUCAUUAUUAUCUAGCUUUGUUUUUUUAUUCAUACUUAUUACUGUACAUCAAAGUAUAUUUGAAUGCUCAGUUAUUUCGGUUAAUUAUUAAAAGGUUGUUAUAUGUGGUUUAUUCAAACAUAAAUGGCAAAAUAACUCUACUUAUUAGUUUGUUUUCACGCUUUUGUAGAUAGUAACACGUGUAAUAAUUAUGUAUUAACAGUUAAACUUGGUGACUGUUUGUCAGAAAGAUAGUCUACAAAAUAAAAUGAUUAUGUGUUCUUUUUUUCGCAGUCA